AUGACGAAAGUGAAAUUUUUCGCCAUAACAUACGCUGUACCAUUACCGUCUUUUAUAUUCGCGACAAUUGAAUAUUUUACUCCAUGUGAAUUAUAUUUUUCUCAUUUUGUAAUAAGAAGACAUAAGAGUGAAGCAAGUGCAAACAGAAUUGGAACAAUUGAAAAGGCAUAUCAGAUGCAUCAUGCAUGUGUGUACUUGCAAUGCAACAAUUUUGAUGUUAAGUAG